UUAAAAAUGUAUGUUCUUCCUUUAAUAUAUCUUUAGACCAAAUAUAUACUAUAACAACCGAUAACGGUGCCAAUAUGUUAAAAGCAGUAAGAAUAUUAGCUUCAGAUGAAGAUUGUGAUAACAUUUUAGAACAAACUGAAGAGUCUGAAGACAAUACAAAUAACAUCGAUUGUGAUAUAUAUUUAGAAAAAGAUGAGAAAGAUGACGAAACAGAUGAAACAGAUUACUUAAACGUUUUUGAGAAUAUUGAAAGUGAUAUAAAUUCUAAUUUUCAAAAUAAUAUUUUAACUUUAACAGGUAUUAGAUGUGCAGCUCAUACUUUACAAUUAGCAAUUGAUGAUGCUUUAAAAAAAACAAAGACUAUAUUACAGUUAAUUUUAAAAGCUAGAAAUUUAGCAAAAAAAUUAAGAACUCAAACGUUUAUUUAUUUAAUAAAGAAACAACACUUGAAAAAGCCUACAAUUGAUUGUCCGACUCGGUGGUGUUCUACUAUAGAUAUGCUUGAAAUCUGUUACUACUAAAAGAUUAUUGUGAAGAACUAUCUGUAACAAAAUUUCAAAAUUUUGUAAGGCUAAAAGAUACUGAAUGGUCAAAAAUUAAAGAGAUAUGUACAGCUUUGCGACCGGCAAAAAUUUGUACCAAAAAACUUCAGAAAGAACAAUUGACUUUAAGUGAAUUUUUUGGAGUUUGGUUUGAAACAAAAGUAGCAACAGAGGCAGUACAAACUCCUUUCGCUACUUUUAUCGUAGAACAAAUGGUAUAUCGCGAACAGAAGUUAAUAAAUAAUGAUAUAUUAUUAUCCGCUGUUUACUUGGAUCCUCGAUACAAAGUAUUAUUAAGUAAUACACAAUUAGAAAGGGCUAAAAUUCAUUUAAAACAUCUUUGGGCCAAAAUAAUAUCAUUAAAUCGCAAUGAUAAUUCAAUGAAUGAAUCAAACGAAAAUUUCAAUGGAAGUUCUUCAAAUUCAAGUGAAACAGCUUCUACACAUGAUGAAUUUGAAAAUCUUUUGAAACUCAAAGAACGACAGCAAAAUUUAACAAAGACAUAUUCAUCUAGAGAAUCGGAUUUGUAUCGAAUAGAAACUGAACUUGAAAGAUACAACAUUGAACAAAAAAGACUUAAUAGAAAAAUAAAUGUAUUACAAUUUUGGAAUGAAAAGAAACAAAAUCAAUCCGAAUUAUAUAAAUUAGCAACGACUGUUCUAGCUGUAUCUGCCACUCAAGUCAGUGUAGAACGAUUAUUCUCUGGAUUAAAAUUCAUUUUGUCUCCAUUGCGGACAAAUAUCGGUGAAAAUAUUUUAGAAAACCAAUUGCUUGUUAGAGCUAACAGAAUAUUUUGUCAUGAAAAAGAGACAAAAUCACAUAUAAAAGAAAAAAGACCAUUGUCAUUAAAUACAAACGAAUGUGUAGUUCCAAAGAUGUUAAAAAAAUGCCAAUUCUAGAUAAUUAACGAUAAAAAUUGGGAUUUUAGCCCGAUUUUAGUCGGCGCAUAUAUACUAACUUUGUUGAUGAGCACGCAAAUAUCGCCAAGAUUUUUAUAACUUGUCUGUAGUGAGAAUUUAUUUUUUAAGUUAGUUUAUUUAUUCUUAUUAUUGUGUUGAUUUUGCGAUUAUUUGUUGCCUCUUUUUCUCUUUCUACGAAGGACUCGUUCAAACAUUAUUAUUCACACAUUGGUACUGCAAUAUUAUUUACGAUAAUUCGUAGCAUCAAAAUGUGUUACAUAAUUCAGAUAAAAUUUUGUUAAAUAUUUUUAUAAAAAUUACUUUUGAAGAUACGAUUUUAUCAUUUUUCAUCUAUCCUAAGCUUAUGAUAGAUGUAUUGCUAUUUAGUUAGUUAUUAUAAGUUUCAAGUCAUCAGAUUCGCGAUUAUAAGUCUGUCGGUUUGAACCUAGUUAAUCCAAAUGAUAAUUUUAUAGUACAAUCUAGCGGAAUGGUAAUUUGAAUAAUAAUUUUGUUGUCUAGAAGUCUAGAGUGCACUAUAGAAUAGAACACUAAUUUGAAGUAUGCCUGUGCGUUGAAUGGAUUUGCAAUUCGACACACUCGUCUGCGCAGAUGUUGCGCAAAUGACAACAUUUAAAACUUGACAUUUAUAAUGCGCUGCAAAUGAAAUGAUCUCACUUGAUUCGUGAUAUCGCGAAGAAGUUAUUUUUUUAUUAAGUUAUCUUUAUUAAAAGU